AGGAUGGUGGAGAAAGUGAGCUAGGAAAUAGAAUUGAUGAUAUCCCUCUAGAUCUGAGAGUUGCUCUUGGCCAUCAAGUCAUCAGAGACCGGCAAUUGGAUUCUGGUGGUAACAUCUCAUAACCGUUGAAGGGAGGUGAGAGAGAAGCAUUCAUGAUGGCAUCCUCUUCAACUUCCACAAUGAAUGUUCUAUCCGAAAGAAAUCUCAAUUCGAUCGCAUUGCAAUCGAAUUCAACAUUCAAAAGCACUUUUAAGCCUGUUCCACCUCCAAAACCAAACCAUCUCUCGACAGCAUUCACAGGCACUCUCAAUUCAGACGCAUUGAAGAGCUACAUAAAGCAACAAACACAAAGACAAUCGAUUGCAUCAACAAGCACCACUCAAAGACACUCUCGCAAGAAUAAUCUGACUUCUUCACAAUAUGCUCAUGACACAUUCAGGACCUCAAGAGAAAGCUCAACAGAUGAUGAUGAGGAAGAUGAAAAUGCAGCUUGGGGAACGGCAAGGCAAACGCCAAGUCCAAUCCCGGGCAAACCUGGAUUAGUAGAUAUCUUUGCACCUCUUACGAUACCCGGAAGUGAUUCGAUGAACUUGGAUGCUAAGAGUUCGUUUACCAUACGACAAGAUCCAAUAGGAAGAAGUCAAAGAGAUACAAUCCAACCAAGCAUGAAUGAAGUAGAAACACCAACAAAGACACGAAGGUCUCCAUCUUCAUCAACUGAUACAUACGAAGACGAUAAGCAGGUGGCUACAAUCAAACCAGGAAAGAAUGAAACAUUAGGAUUCAUGCUAAGCGAUGGCGAACAGAUUGAUCCGCAAGGAACACAUCUUAGAGAGGACAGUAGUAACACUGCUCGUCAACCUUCUAUGAUUUGCUCAUCAGAAGAAGGCACGAUCAGAUCCCGAGAGCCUUCAAUACUUUCUCGUUUGUCAACAUUUGAGGAUGACUUUGAUGAGGACGAUGUCCAUAGUCCAGGCAAUGGAAGUGGAUCUCAGGGAUCACAUGGAAUCGAGCACGAAAGCACACCUCGCAAGAAUUGGAUGCAUGCCCGUGAUGGAAGUGCAUUUGAACGUGCAAGCCCAUGCAGUGGUUCAAAAGGUGGUCUGAGCAGAAUACUCGGAGAGAAAAGCAAGAUCAACGUAUCCAAAACAAGUAUCAAAGAGUCCGAAGAGGCGGACACAAAGACAGGUCUGCCUCUUCAAUCUCGUGGACUUCCGAUGCUCGUUGCCGGUCCUCCUCCAAUUCGUCCAAAGAGUGUAGUAUUGAAGGUAUCAGAUAUAGAAGAAGGUCAAGCAGAAGCAACGGAGAAAGAAGAAGUUGCUUCAAUCGCUACCCCGACGCAAGAAAAGAGUCAGGCUGCAUGUGAAUUGCGUGUCCCUGACACCGCUUUCUCAUCUACUGUGCAGCCAGUCUCAGAGUUAAACGUAGCACAGCCCAACGUCAGUAAAUCAAAUCUGUCUUCUAGGCGACGGGAAGUGGAAAGAGGUACAGGAAGACAAGCACGGGCUUUAUACGAAUUUGAAGGUGAACCUCGAUUUAAUGAAUUAAGUCUUGCGCCAGGUCAGGUAUUUGAAAUUUUGAAGGAGGAUGUUCAGGAUGGUUGGAGUCUUGCAGCUGCCGAACAAAAGAAUGUGUGGACAAAGGGCUUGAUCCCUCAAGGUUGGUAUACCUACAUACAGGAAUUCACCGUUUCACCAAAUGUCGCCCCUACCAGUACUCAGACAGCCGAAGGAAGUAGCACCUCUCUUGUUGUUCCGAUGAUACGAUCUCACAGUUCCAUUAGCGCAACCAGCAAUUCGGGCAACCGUGAUGAAAGUCAAAACAUUCGUUCACGUCAGGAUUUGUCUAGGCCUGCAUCAGGAGUAGGUCAAAUGUCUUCUUCUUUUGCUGAAAGCAAAGGUGCUUUACAGCUUUUGACGCAAAUGAAACAACAAACUGGAACAGUGACUCCUCAUCCGCAGUCUGGAUUCCGAGCUGUGUCUGGAUCAAGGAUCCAAGCUCCAAUCCGUGAAGCAUCCGUAGAAGAGGUGCGACCAGAAUCGAUGGAUUUGACAUCAAACGACAGCAACAUGAGUGGCGUCUCCAACAGUGUAUCUGAGCCAAGCUUGACGGCAAACGAUGCGAAUGUCGGUGCAGAUACGUCAAUGGAAACAAACGUGUCUACAGAAACCGCAUCUUCGUCAUGGAAACCGCCAGGAAUAUUUGGAGGUCGAUCGCUGAACAGAUUUGCACCUUUCGUCACAAGUGGCGUAGAGGGCUACAUUCUCUCUGAUCCAUCUGCGAAGAAAGCUAUCGAGCCAGCUACGGAAGAUAAAGAGCAACAAUUCGCAAUCUCUUACGGCUAUCAUGGUGGACCUGCUUGGAAGUGUGAUGGUGUUAGCCUAAUCGUUGAGGUACAUUCUCCAGAAGUGCAUGUUGACGAUCUUGGAAAAGAGUAUACAGCCUAUGUUGUACACACAUCCUUUGUCCUUGCUUCAGAAGAGCAGGCUGAGGUGCAAGACUUACUUUUGGACCCAUUCAAAAGACCAGAAGAACCUUCGAUGACUUCAAGUGUUUAUAGAAGGUUCAACCAAUUCCGUUGGUUGGCCAAUCACUUGUGCAAAUAUUACCCAUCAAUCAUGCUCACCUUUCCUCCAAUGCCAAGUACCAACCAAGGAGCAGGAAGAUUGGCCAGAUUUGAUGAAAUUUUCGUGGAAAGGAGAAGAAGGCAUUUACAAAGCUGGCUAUCUUGUGUCGUUCGACAUCCAUCUUUGUCAAAAGAUGCUGGCGUUCGGUUCUUUCUGGAAGCAGAAGAAGAAGGAGAAGAAUGGUUACAAGCAGCAAAAGAAAUGGUUCAAAAGGAAAAUCAAAUGUUCAGGUAUGAUCAAUUGACUCCUGCAAGUCAUAUCUUCACUUCUACUUCUCAUCCGAUGUUUAAUUUUGAGGCAAAUGAAGCAGAGUUGGAGGCAAAACAAAUGACGAAAUUCAGCGAAAUGUAUGAAAGGUGUAUGUCCAACGUCAACGAAGGAAGCGGAGUUUUGAACACAUACAAAGGCUUCCGCUCGACCACCACAAAAAGUAGCGAAUCGUACAGACAGCUAUCCUUGUCCAUCUUGAGGCUGAUCACAGGCUCUGAUGCAGGGGAUAGUUCAAGUCACUCUUCUAAUGCCAACGGAAGUAUGAUCAAAUCACCCUCACGUAUGCUAAAUCAAGGCUUCCUGCCCCCAAUGGGUAAUGUUGGCAAACGUGGUCCUAGUGGAGCAACGAACGAAGAUCGUGCAUGGUGCUGGAGAGAAGGUUGCCAAGAGUGUCGUCGUUUGACAAGCGCAAUGCAAAUCACUGCAGAGGCUUUCCAAGUGGUAGCAAAUGAUUAUCAAUCACAUGCUGAGGGUAGCUUGUUUGACGUUCAUGAUCGAAUGCAUAAUUUGGCAAAAGCGCAUCAACAACAACAGCCGUUAAUAGAAGUUCAUCGAAAUGCAUUGGCAAUGUAUAGAGCAGCAACAGGUGAGAAAGCCAGCGAAGAUGCUCAUCAAGCAACACAAGAUACAAAGGCAAAGAGAGCAAGUAACGAAGAACCGCAUUUACACUCCAAGGUAGCAGAAGGCAUGGCAAUCAGAUCUGAAACAGUUUUGAAUGUGACAUUGAGCGAGAUGGAUCGUAUCCAUGCUCAACGUGUUCAGGAUUGGAACGCACUUUCUCGUGAAAUGUUGGACGAACAGAUCGCAUUUUACAAAGAUAUUCUACACCAUCUACAAACUGCUAGAAGCAAGGUAGGAGAUGCAUUGGGUACUCCUUCUUCUAGAUCGGCAAAUCAUACAGCAAGCAAUAGUCAAACUAGCAAUGAAAGUUCUAUCUCGACUUCAGCCUCACAAGCACGAGGCCCACUGUUGCCUUCGCCCUAUGAAGUGCAAUUAGCACAUCCAAUUGUUAUGCCUGCGCUUGAAAUGCCCUGUAUGCAACUGACCGAGCCGAGUGCAGCUUCAAAGGCAAUCCGACCUGUCGCAUUGGCGGGAGAAGUGUUGAGCGAUUGGCUUGGUGGUAGCAGUGCAAGUAGAAUCUUGUAAAUACGCAAUUCAUAGUGUAC